CCGAGCAAAACCAAUAGCCAUUUAAUUGCGGAAACAAAAUAAGAUUGUGCUUGAACCUCAAAUAUACUCAAAACAAAACUUGUUAAAGCAAGAUGCACAAAAAUCCAACAAAACGUAAAUAUGCUGCAGAAAAUGUCGAUGUGCUUGAAAAGAAACACACUCUGGACUCCGAUGAAGAAGACUCUGAUGAUUACCAGCGUGACAACCUAAACGACAGCGAUAUUGAGGGUGGCGAAGACGGCGAUGCGAAAGUAGAAGGAGAUGUAAAAAUUACUCCUUUUAACAUGCGAGAAGAGCUUCAAGAAGGCCAUUUCGAUACAAAUGGCCACUACCACUGGAACAAGGAAACACAAAUCAAGGAUAGUUGGUUGGAUAAUAUUGACUGGGUGAAGGUAGAAGACGGGAAAAAAUUGCCGAACUUCAGCAAAGAACAAGAUUCAACAGAAAACGAAUUGGAAAUAAUAUCAUUUAAUAAAUCAAUAGUAUUCGCUAAAAUGCUUGAAUACAUGAAACCAGGCGAAACUGUUCAAAUGGCUUUGCAGAGGUUGGGCAAACAGCGACCGAAAUUGUCCACAGUCGAACGGCUGAAGAGAAAGAAGGCUGGUUUAAUAGAUAUUGAAACGCAAAAAAUUUCAGAGUUAACAGAAUUGGCGAAUAAUAUUCUGUCAAAAACUGGCAACAUGGACAUUUAUCAAGAAACAUAUGAGCAGAUAACAGACCGUCUUGUAGAUCUUCCUAGCACCAGCAAAGCUCCUCAGGAUGACAUGUAUGCUGAUGACUUUGAAGAAAAAGAGAAAAUACGUCUAAAAGCGGAGAAGCCUUUGAAGAAAUCAGAAGAAGAUGUGAAGCCAAAUGUCGUCAUGUGGGAAUUCAAGUGGAAGCAAGAUGACGAAGAACUCCAAGGUCCAUUCAAUACAGAAAAAAUGUUCAAUUGGUCCCAAGGAAACUAUUUUAAAAGUGGCGUCUACGUCCGAAAAGUUGGUGAAUCGAACUUUUAUUCUAGUAAAAGAAUUGAUUUCGAUCUAUAUUUGUGAUAAUAGAAUGUAUUUUAGAUACACAUAUUAAUUAAAUCAAUUAAACACAUUCUUAUUUGCCAGGA